CGAACAUGCUAUCAGUUGGUGCACGUAAUGAUAGGCGGUGUGAGUGUAGUCGGUAAUCACUGAUGUGACAAGGAUGGAGAGAUGUUUUCUUGAUGCUCACUGUAGAUGUGGACACUUGACUUAUUUAUGGUCGACAUUGCAACUUGUGGUGCCGUAAGGCCCCUGUGCCGUCCUUCUCCAUCAUUUCUCAUCCGCUAAGAUUGACAAAUACUUGGCGACAUCUACUCUUGUCGCCAGCGACACUGCAUGUAUACACGAUGGCCUACAACAGCGGAAUACCACUGGCGUAAACGUAAACAGAACGGCAAGUGGGUAAGCAGUGUCGUGAGUGGCGUGCAGAGCGCUACUAGUCUUGGAAACCUUCAAAUACAUGCCAUUAGACACCUCGUGUUUUUCCUCUCACUUCUACUUCAACUGUGCUCAUUCUCCAGGUCCAGUGGUGAUGUUGGACUCUGUUUCAGUCUCACAAUUGCAGAUGGUCAAUUAUGUGGAAGUCUCCGCAACAGCCCUAUUUAUUUUCGAAUACUUUCUCACCUUGGAUGAUGAGAUCAAAUUUAUCUGGGGAGCGCAGUGGGGAAUUGCGAAGUCACUGUUCGUGCUGGCACGCUACAUUCCUUUCCUGUCACUUCCACUCGCGAUGUACUAUUUCCUUGGUACGCAUGUCGAUCCCGAUGCUUGCAACCCGAUUGUGGAGACAGUUACAACUCUCUAUGUUCUUGGCAUUGUGUUCUCUGAAUGUGAGAAGCGUUCGUCUGUCCUUCCUCCUCUCCCUCAAAUCGUUGAAUGUUACUCCGUAAUGCAUUUAUCAGGUAUAUUUUCGUUACGUGUGUAUGCCAUCUGGAAUCGAAGUAAAUACAUUGGCAUACUCUUGAUUGCCAUCAUUACUGGGGGCAUUGUAUCUCUUGCUGUUAUCCUUAGUCUAUUUUUUCCCACUGCACAUUUCGUUACACCCCCUCUACCAACAAUCAGUGGCUGCUACAAAGUAACCGGUAGCAAGGUUAUAUUAGGUGCAUUCGUAGUCAUCAUGGUGUCUGAAGCAGUGAUAUUGUUCCUCACGGCAUAUCGCGCACAUCGACACAUUGGGCCCAUACAAAGUCCCCUGUUCAUAAAUCUCGUGCGCAGUGGCGUUUUCUACUGUUUAGUAAUGUUCUUGUUUUCGUUGUCGAAUGUUCUUGUAAUAUUCAUUCUUCCUUUGCAAUAUUCUCAGCUACUUGAAAGGUUUCAAGCUGUCCUUCACGCGGUACUUGCCACACGCAUGCAACUUCACCUAAGAAAGGUCGAUAAUAUGUACCUCAUGAGAACUUCCGUAACGGUGCCCCUAUCAUCGAUAUGCUAUGUCACACGAGAUUUGCCUGCAACGCCAAUGUAAUUCACUAUCCGAAUCUGUUGAUGAUCCGGUCCACGUUGGGAUUGGUAUUCCAUAAUAGCGAUAUCCUGUCGACUGCUUUGGAGUAAUGUGUAUGAUCGUUGAUAUUAUAUGCUUUUUUUGCACUCGUAUUUUGGCUACUGCUGGUGCUCUGGCAGCUAUACCAUGGGGUUGGGUUGUACAUAUGGUACUUUUGAGGAUAGAGUUGAGCUUAGUAUAUUUAAUAGCUGUAGUGUGGUCAUACAGGACUAAUGAUGUAUUCGUUGUUUAAUGAAUUUCUGAGUCUUUGACGU